UCGGGGGUGGGGGCGUGACAGCGCAAUGGGUGGUGGAUUGACGGAACGCAACAAUGAUGACAAGCAAAGCGCGGGAAGCGCAGCGCUGAAAACAUUGUCAGCAGACGUUCAACAGCCUCGAACUCCUCCCCGAUAUGGACGCCCCUCGGCUGCGCAGGAAGCUGCAGCAGCUGCUGCUGCUGUUUGCUCAAGUCAAAGCACUGCAGCAGCUCGACUCUCGGCUCAUCAGUGGGAAAGUUCAUUUUGCAGUAAUUAACAAAUUGUAAAACGCACGCGGGACAGCUGGACAACUGAAAGGCAAAAGUCCGACAAACUGUCAGCUCAGCUCAGAUCUGUUCAGUUCAGCUCAGCUCAGCUCUGCCGGAUGGCCAGUACAGUUGUGCCCAAGUUUGUUUGAGCGCAAGGAAUUAUAGAUGCCUGAUGCCUGAUGUCCUGCCGCUGAUGCCUGUUGUCCUGCGCUGGCCCAGUCCAAGUUUCAAGCUGCCUUUAGCUUGAUGAUAGUCACUUUGCAAAAGUUCUCUUGAUUAUUAAUAUUUUAUUCCAUUACACUUUGGAUGAAAUUCAGAGCUUGACAAUUGUCAGCGGCACUUGUUGGCUAAAGAAAAAACAGAAAUAUAACAGAAACUGUCAAACAAAUUGGAACUGAUGAUUGAAGUUUAGAAAGUAUUACAAGCGGGCCAAUGCAAAUAAUGAUUAUCCUACGAUUCUCAAUAAUAACCAAAUGAAUGCACUUAAGGAAAUCAAAAUGUUGUCCUGGCUUAAAAGAUUUGUAUAUUCGAAGAACUAUUGAGAAACGCAACAGAACACUACUAGAGGAAAAAGCCGUACAGCCCAUUGAGGCGCUGCAUCUAUCGAACCUUUCCGUCCCGCGCAUUAUCGAUGUCGCCCAAAAGGCCAAACUGUUCUGCAGCUAUGAGAUGGGCAAUCGGACUCUCAACUCGGUCAAAUGGUAUAAGGAUGGCCAGGAGUUUUUCAGAUACUCGCCGCUAACGCCGCCGACAACAAAUUGGUUUCCCGUCAAAGGUGUCACCAUUGCCGACGGCUCGUCGCAUUGCAAUCAAUUCAUCUGCAACGUGGAGCUGGAGAAGCUGAAUGUGCACUCGUCGGGCCAGUACCGCUGCGAGGUGUCCGGCGAUGCGCCCGAGUUCAAACUGAUCGAUAAAGCGGCCAAUAUGACCGUUGGCGUGCUGCCAAAAUUCGAUCCAUUCAUCUCUGGGAUGCGGCAUGCCUAUAAAUACCGCGAUACGCUGUUGGCCAACUGCAGCUCGGAAUGGUCAAAUCCAGCGGCGAGGCUUACGUGGUACAUUAACAACAAAACUGCACCACAGAUGCAGCUGCAACCGCAAAUCAAUGAAGUCACACGCAACGUCGAGGGCUUUGCGCUAUAUGCCAGCAAUCUGCAACUGCGCCUGCACCUCGACGACAAGCGCUUCAUUGGCAAGAGCGAGAUGCUGGAUCUGCGCUGCGUGGCGGAUAUCAUGGGCCUGCCCGCCGUGCGCCGUGAGAGCUCAAUACGCACCACCAUACUGGCGCUCAAGGACAGCGGCUACAAUCAGCGGCUGAUUGAGAAUGGCACCUGUGCCAGUGCUCGAGCAGCUACAUUUGCCGCCUGGCUGCUGUGUCUGACGUCCUUGAUGCGCUGGCACUGCACUCUGAGUUAGUAGCUGUCCCUUUUGGCCGCCCUUCUUUUAGCCUAAUUUUACAUAAGCAUUUUAAGUCCAGUCAAGGCGAC